CGAAUUGUUACACUAAAUACUUAACUGAAACGACUACAGCACAUUUACAUUCUUGAUAAGAAGGGAGAGAUCAAAGAGCAACGCCAAAUGAGGAAAAUGGCAAAACCGUGUGGUACUCUGGCAGAGAGGUUUGCUUGCACAGCCUCAAUUUCAGAUGACGUCCCUGAACAACAGGUCAAGGAUACACUACAUUUUCUCAAACGAGUGGGUAUCUCCGACCCCAUUCCAGAUCACUGCGAGACCAAAGACUUCUACUCCUACCUCGUUCGUGGCAUCCUUAAGCCCCUCAACAUUCAACGAGGCCGUGUCACCUGCCUUGUCUCCGUUAAACCUGCUUUUAUUAACUCUUUUGGUGGAUUCCAUGGAGGAGCUAUAGCUGCUGUUGCUGAGGCUGUGUUGGUAGCUACUGCGAGAACGGUUGUGGCUGAGGAUAAGGAGCUUUUUCUAGGGGAAUUACUAAGCAUCUCUUACCUCUCUUCUGCUCCAAAGAAUGUGAGUCCUUUAGAAUUUGAUCUAAAUUCUGGUAACUGUUGUAUUUGGUGGAACUGACGGCCUCUUCUAAGGCAAGUUAAGUGGUACUGAAUGACCCUAAAGCAAGAUCAUAUGAUAUAAGAUUUUUGAUGCUCAUAAAAUUUACCUGUAUAUUGUGAUUGGAACUUUCCUUUUACUUGUUUUAACUAAUAAACAAGAGAUUGUUUGCUUUUCUUUGAAACCCUUUUCUAUGGAGGUGAGCACACUUUGUCAUUCUGACUAAGAAAUGGGGCAAAAAGUGGAAACAUACAGACCACUAAUGGUU